GGCCUUCACAACACUGGCGCCCGCGACAAUAACACGUGCGGAAUUCAAGAUUUGUUGUCUUGCAUUGCGCUAAUCUCACCUGGAGAAGAUGGACACCGGCGAAGAGCUGAGGUCCUGGCUGCUGGAGAGGAGCAAGCCCUACGCGGCACGUGUUGACUUCGCCAUCCGAGUCUGGCAAUCCGUCGAGUUUCCCUAUCCCGGAAAGUACGAGAUCAUCAUUCAAUGGCUGGGCGAAUCCCUGCCCAAGUGCAACAAGGAGGAGCCCUUGCCCACGCAGCAGCUGAAGGAUCUCUUUGCGCUGCGCGCUCAACCCGGCCUGGUCGGUCAGGAGUGCAAAUCCCGGCUGAUUAGGGCUCUGCUGGCCUUAGUCUCCCGCGAUGCGGAGGCGAAUGUGAUUGCCCUCGAGCUGGUGCCCAGCCUGCUGGACUGUGAGCUGCUCCAGGACGUGCUGCGUGCGGAUUACGAGCUGCUGUGCGAUUGCUACGCCAGCCUGUUCCGGUGCCACCAGCGUUGCGUGGAGCAGCGGGAACAGCUGCCCACGUCCUCCGAUGCCGAGUUGGUGGUGCCGAUGAUCAAGCAGCUGGCGGAGAUUGCCCGACGCACCCAGAAGCUACCCGAGCUCUGUGAAUGCUACAAUGCCAGGACGGUGCGUCCCUUGGUUGAGCUUUUGCACACCCUGAAGUCCGCCAGCCUGGUGGAGGAGCUGGCCGAGCUGGAAAAGCAGCUGAAGGAGUCAUUUGACAAGAAGCGCAUCACCGGCCAGCCGCUGCAUGUCAGUCUGCUGCUCCUGGAGGCCGCCGUCUUCAACAAUCGUUACACGUCCACAGAACUGUCGCCCAUCCUGCGUACCGUCUUCCCGGAGGACGAGGCCUGCUCACUGCCCCUGGGUGCCUACCUGUUGAUGUCACUGCGCAAGCACAACAUAUCCCUGCAGUUCUUGGUUAAUAACGGAAAGAGGAAUGCCUUCGACUUCCUGGCCGAUAAGUUCCUCCAGUUGGCUCGAGAGCACCGGAAAACGCAUUUGAAGGAGCUGCUUGUGCUGCUGUGCGCGGCCCUGCGGCUGAAUCCCAUGCUGCUGGAGCAGAGCGUCUAUCAGAUCACCGUUUGGCUGCUCACAGCCCCCAAGCAGACGGCCGAGGAGGAGGAGCUGUACUCGGAGUAUCUCGUCCUGCUGCUUGACAUGUUCCGGCGGUUGAGUCGGGCCGAGAGGUUCGUCAUGAACCUGCUCAAGUCGCUCAGGGAGUGGCUGGCCGUCUACCAGCUGCCCAAUCCCAGCCAGAAGCGGCGCCGCCUGAACUCUGAGUCUGCCCAGGCAGACGACGACGAGGGACAGCAGUAUUUGCGUGGGAUCUUUGCGGGAUCAGCUCCUGCUGUGCAGGCCUCCUCGAACGAUGCCUUCAAGCAGCUCUCACAGACCUGGCCCAGCCAUUCGGCCGGCGUGGCCUUCACGCGCCUAAUCAGUCACCUGAUGACCAAGCCCUCGCUGGUGAUCUGGAGGACCCUGCUCCACUCGUUUGGUGAGCUGCUGCAGGAGGAGCAGGAGCAGACGCUGCCUGGAAACCUGGACUUUGCCCGCGAACUGCACGCCGCCCUGCUGUGUCAGUACCUAAGUGGAACCCGGCUGGCCGAGCAGCUGCACCUCCACCAGACGGAGGUGGAGCAGCAGCUGCAGCACACUGCCCAGGUGUUGGAGCAGUUUGGCCGUCGCCUGCUUAGCCAGGAGCACAAUCGCCGCCUGAUGAACGCCUUCCUCGAGUGCACCGAGCGGGCCAGUGGCCUGGAGCUGCUCCUGGCCCACUAUUGGCCCGACGGUCACCCCGCUGGCAGCCAACGGAAGCUGCAGCUGAGGGGCUUCCUUCCACCGGCAGACUGGACGCUGAUCCAGCAGCGGGUGCACAACUUUGGCAAGAGCUCGUGUCGCCAGCGCCUGCAGCGAUUGGAGCUGCAGCUGGCGGAGAGUGGCUGGCUCCUGCAGGAGGAUCAGCGCAGAGCGAGCUGUUCAGAUGCCUUGGCCGAGGCAUUGGCGCCGCAGCAGCUAUUCCGGCUCACCCGGAGCCAGAAGCAGUUGCGCCUGAGAGUCACCUCGGAGCGGGACUGGGAGAAGACCCACCUGGAAGAUGCCGAAUGCGUGGAGCUGCUCGCCUUACAGCUGCUCGGGGAAUAUGCCAAGGCAGCCAAGAAGGGCUCGCUUCUGGCCAAGCUGAGGCUGACGGAGGAGGAGCCACUGGAAGAGACCGCCCUGAUUGGCCUCAUCAAGGAGAAGGCCCAGAGGCAGCUGCAGUUGCCUUGUGCCCGGCAGCUGGUGGAGUCCCUGCAGCGCCUCCCACUGUCCCAAUUGCCCAGCUCCAUGCGCUCUCGCCUCUGGCUGGUGAUCUUUGCGCUCUACCGCGACCUCAGCUGCUCCAAUCAGCAGCAGGAGGUGGUCGAGCUGGUCCUGGAGCUUCUGAUAGAUUUGAUGCACUUUGGCCAUCCGCUGGCCAUUUGCUCGUAUUUUGGUCAGCUCAGCCAGCUUAUCCUGCUAAUCCCCACCAGCACGGCGGCUGGCUGGAGCUUCUACGAGGCGCUCUUUGCUCGCUGCAUCCGGCGACAGAGCGCCGGCUGGGAGCCUCUCCUGGCCAGCUGCACGGAGUACCUGCGUACAGAACUGGCGGAAAAUGGUAAGCUCCAGGCGGAGCAGUGCCGCCUCCUGCUGCUGGCCAUUGAAACGCUGUCCAGUGUGACUGGUGUGCAGGGCAGGAGGAUGCAGAGGCAGCUUCAGCCACUGGUGGAGAUCUACGGCGAGAUGGUGGGUCGCAAGUUCCGGUCAAAGAAGCCAAAGGAGGCGUCUGCCUACAAGGAGUUUGUGGAUGCCACCCUGGCCGGCUAUGCCACGUACGUGAGCAGCUGCAUCAAUCGCUGUGUGCGGCAGGAGCGGGAGAAGGAGCAGCUGGACAAGAAGGAGACGGAAAAGGAGGAGGAACCGUCGGGGGGCAAGCGGAGUAAGAAGGCCAAGGCCAAGGCUGAGGAUCAACAGGAUAUGGAGGCGGUGCCGUCCAUUGAUGACAACUUCCGACGCAUUAGCAAGAUCUACAUUGGUCACUCGCUCAACUAUCGCAAUGUCCAUGCCAUCCGCCUGCUAAACGUGGCCCUCACCCAUCGGCAGCGACUCCACCUGGACCCGGACGAGAUUGAGUUUGUGCUGAGCAGCUACUGGCGGCAGCUGAAUGCAGACAUCGAGGCGGGCGGCGACAUCAGUGGUUUGGAGAGCCUGGAGCCCGCCAUUAAGCUAAUCAUUGGCUACAAGACCAACGAGGAUUUCCUGCUGCUCCUGCGCCGCCUUUCCCACCAGGUGGAGCAGAUGCCACGCCCAGAGACGCCCGAGCAGCACACGGUCCUCCGGAAUGUGCUGACCCUGUUGGCGUUGUUUGCCAAGUGCUCGCUGAGCAAUGUCAAGGGAGCGAUGCUCAACGAGUACUUUGAGCUGAUCAGUGUGAGCGUGGCUCUGCGUCUGCCCGAGCCCAAGGACCCGGAGUACCGCGGCCACGCCCUCCGCCUGCUGGAGGCCCAACGCCAUCUGGCCGGAAAUCGCACUGUGCCGCUGACCGGUGAGACGCUGGACUGCCUGCUGGGCGCCCUGCUGGACGUGGACAUCAAGCACUUGAUGGGUCGCAGCAGCUGGCAGGACUUUGUGGAUCUGUUUGGGGCCAUUACGGAGAAUCUGUUGGUGCUGCUCAAGCAGCAUGGCCACCUGAUGGCCGACAGGGCACCCCAGUUGAGUGCGCUGUGCCAGGACAUGGUUCAAGGCAUUGUGGGCUAUCGGGCUGGGCGAAAGCAGGCCCAGGAUCUGAGCGAAACGGAGCUGGACGGUUUGGGGGAUUUGGGCCUGAAGCUGGCCACUGUGGUGGCCACAAUAGCGGGCACCCAGGCCUUGGCCGUGAAGCGUGUGGCGCCCUUCCUGCUCAUCUUUACCAUUCGCCAGAUGGUGGCCACCGAGCGACCCACCACGCUGUUUGAGAAGGUCAAGGUGCACAUAGUACGCGUCUGCCACGAGCUGAUUGGCAUCUGUGACCAUCGCGCCGGCCACUUUAUCCUGCGCUCCAGCAGCGAGGCGGGCGCCCGCCUGUACGAGGGACUGGUGAAGGAGCACGACAAGUACCACAAGUUCAGGGGCAAGGUGUAGUCUCUAUUUCUGUUUUGAUUAUUAUAUAUAUUUUUCCAUUAAAUACAAAAUGCAAGGAAAAUGAG